UCCCUCAGUCCCAGUCAGUGCUGGCAGCUCUCAGGCUCUCUCCAAGGCGGCUCAGCUGCAGGUCUCCUCCUCCCUCUCCUCAGCAUCCCUUCAUCCAUCUGAGCCAUUGCUUGCAGCAAACAGCCCACAAGCUACUCGGCGCUGCACUAAGCAUCCGUAGGCAUGUGGAACCCGGGGGGCUCCUGUCUCAUUCUCCUGCCCCUAUUGCUUCCUAUCGCCUGGGCACAGGGAGAUGGCAAGGAGGUGGAAAAUACCGGCAAUUUUAUGGAGGAUGAGCAAUGGCUGUCCUCUAUUAACCAGUACAGCGGCAAGAUCAAGCACUGGAACCGCUUCAGAGAUGAGGUAGAGGACGACUAUAUCAAAAGUUGGGAGGAUAACCAGCCUGGAGAUGAAGCUCUGGACACUACAAAGGACCCUUGCCAGAAAGUGAAAUGCAGCCGACACAAAGUUUGCAUCGCACAUGGUUACCAAAAAGCAAUGUGCAUAAGCCGUAAGAAGUUGGAGCACAGAAUCAAACAACCUAGCAUGAAGAUUCAUGGAAACAGAGACAGUCUUUGCAAGCCCUGCCAUGUGACCCAGCCUGCUGCAGUCUGUGGCUCUGAUGGACACACAUACAGCUCUGUGUGUAAACUGGAGCAGCAAGCAUGCCUCAGUAGCAAACAGCUGACUGUUAAGUGCCAAGGGUCAUGCCCUUGCCCAACAGAACACACUCCUACCACUACCACAGAGACUGGCAAACAAGGAGAGACAUGUACUGGCCAGGAUUUAGCUGACCUUGGAGAUCGUUUGCGGGACUGGUUCCAGCUCCUUCAUGAGAAUUCCAAACAGAAUAACACAUCAAACCCUGGAAGCAAACAAGUGAAUGUGUUGGAUAAGAGCCUAGUGGCUGGCUGCAAGGACUCCAUUGGAUGGAUGUUUUCGAAGCUGGACUCCAACAAUGAUCUCUUCCUGGAUCAAGCAGAGUUGGCAGCUAUCAACUUGGACAAAUAUGAGAUUUGUAUUCGGCCAUUCUUCAAUUCCUGUGACACUUAUAAGGAUGGGCGAGUUUCCACCGCAGAGUGGUGCUUCUGCUUCUGGAGAGAGAAGCCACCAUGCCUUGUGGAGCUUGAGAAGGUUCAGAUACAAGAAGCAGCUAAGAGAAAGCCAGGGGUGUUCAUUCCCAGCUGUGAUGAGGACGGCUACUACAGGAAGAUGCAGUGUGACCAGGCCAGUGGGGAAUGCUGGUGUGUGGAUCAGCACGGCUCAGAGCUGACAGGAACAAGGAUACAUGGAAACCCAGACUGUGAUGACAUGGUUGGGUUUUCAGGAGAUUUUGGAAGUGGUGUGGGGUGGGAAGAUGAAGAGGAAAAAGAAACAGAAGAUGCUGGCGAGGAGGCAGAGGAAGAAGAAGGCGAGACAGGCGAGGCAGACGAUGGAGGAUAUAUCUGGUAGACACACAGCAGCAGCAGCAGAGUCCUGUCUAGGCCUUGCAGCAGUGUUGGGCGGUUGCAGUAAAUAAUGAUCUGAUGCCACAGUGAUCAGGAAACACAGCUGAAUGUACAUUAUACUUCAACAAAAAAUUGUGUGUGUGAGCAUGCAUGUGUGCCUGUGGACUGAUUGCUUUGAGACUUUGGCUCAUUUUCCCAUGACAUAAGUGAGCUGUUUCACAUGAAAUUAGGCAUUUUAUCCCUUUCAUUCUUAUUUUAUCUUUAUUUCUGACUCCAGAAUGAAGCAGGCACCUCUGUGACAUUGUACUGCCAUCCAGCUAAGAAAGGGUUUAUAGCCAGAAAUACUAGAUUCUCUCAAAUACAAAUAGACAAGUGAGAUUAAUAACCUCAAGCAAGGUAUUAUCAAUUCACUAGCGUUCAAAAAGACUCCUGCAUUCAUUUAGCUGUACAAAGGAGACCAUUCCCACUUUGUCACAUCUUUGGUCAGCGGGUGGCCAUCUGUAUCCUAACGUCAGUGAUGUUCUUUAUUUAAAAAAAUAAAUUAGGUGAAGGUUUGGAAUGCAUAUUCAUUUGAAGGUGUGCAUUAUUUUGCAUGUGAAGUCUUUGAGUCACCGUGCCCAUAUCUGAAAUGCUUAUAGGCAUCUUGUAUUGCUCAUGAAAGAUUAAAAGAUAGCUCUUUCCAUGGUACUUUUUCUUUUCAUGUUUUCUACCUGCCCUGGGGGGAUUGCUGGUUGAUUUUGCCCAUCCAUACUAUCUGUGCUGGUGGCAAGGUGUUCUGCUUUGUGCAAUUAAUACUUUAGGGCGCAGAAAUACGGUCCGUUUUCUAUUCCAUUUAUGGAGGGUAAACUGGCAUCCAUUAAAAGGAUAGUGCCAUGGCUAAAUGUGCUGUAUUCAAGACUAAUCUAUUAAUAGUGUUGCUCAAGUGUUCCUGUACUGAAAUCAAUUUUAAGAGCAAAUCGAUUUUAUUAUAUUUAAGUUUAAAAUGGAGACAGCCGGCAACUCAUUCUAGUUCUUUCCCAGGAUUGCCUAAGUCUCCUAAAUUGUGCUUUCAUAAGCUGCAGCAGUGUCAGCCUUGGGUUUCUCGGCCCAUUGAAAGCAUCCACAUUAAGGGCCCCCAUCACCAAGGUGCCCUAUACCUGUGACGAACCCACAACUAAGGCCCCCCACACCUUCACAAACCUGUUCUACACCCCACACACACACACACACACACGUACCUCCCUCAUUCCUCUGGCCUAGCAGACAUUCUACCCACAAAGAAAACGCCCUGUAGAUCCUGCACUGGGGCCCAGUGGGACAGGGCCCAUCUCCUGCUGCCCCAGUCACCAAUUCAGACCCUGUAAGCUGUUACCUAUUACAGUGCUCUGCUCUUUUUUAUUUUAUUGUGUUUGAAAUUUGUCAAAAGACUGUAAAUUUCACACUGUAGAUAAUAGCACACACACAUUACUAUGCCUGUGGCUGCCUUGUCCAUCUAUUUCAUAACAAUUAUUCUGGCUAUGAUUCCUUAAAGAUGAUAGAAUAAGGGUUUAAACCUUCUAAAAAAUACACAUUGUGUUAGAGAUGGCUUUUUAUUAUGAUUUUCUCAUGAUAAUAUACAUGGCAGGGUAUUUCUUAUUGACUAAUUAAACAUGAUUUGUGAUAAGCAGUACAAAUUGAUAAUGAACUUGCAUCCCUGAUAGAGGAUAUAGCAAUCUAAGUAGCCAACAAGGAUUCAUUAUCUGAUACUAUACAGAUACACAGCUAAAUUCAAUUUUGCAGGCUUUUUAAGACAGAGAAACAUGACCCUGUUUUAAGCCAGUUUGGCCAUUUGCUGUGUUCUAAAUUAAUGCUCAUUUAAAAGUUAAAUCAGUUAUCGAUUUCAGUUUAAUGGGUAUUCUGUGUCUGCAGAUCUUUCAUCUAUCUUAAGAGACACAAGAGAGCAUUGGUGCUAUAGUAAAUAAUCAAUAACUUCUCCUCAAAGACAGUGCAAACAGAGCCAUGGACCUUCACAUCCUACCUUUACUUCACAGCAAGCAUGGAAAACUCCUCCAGGUCUUGGGAGUUGCAACUCCUGUCAUCAUCAUCAUCAUCAUCAUCAUCAUCAGUGAUUAGCUACAGAACAGAGACCCACUCUCUAAAUGGAUUCUAUUUCAGUGAGUUAGUGAAUUGGUUAGAAAGUCAACCUCAUUUAAUUAGUAGAACAUGGAUUCAUGAUAAGAUGUGACAUGAUAAGAUGUGACAGGCUAAAAUGUUCAUAUUUCCUGAACUGAAUAUGAAAACCAUGAUUUAUCCUGGAUAUUUCCGUUGCUUGCUAUCUCAGAGACGCUUUAGCAUCAGGCUAAACUACCAUGACUUGCUGAUAUUGUGCAUUGACAUAGGGAUUUACUGUGGCAGUGAGAUAUUGAUGGUUUAUCUUUCUAGAUUGCACAGCAAUGACAACAACUGAACCCUCUAUGUUAUCUCACAAUAUCUUCAACAGUUGAAAAAAGAUAAAAUAAAGCAUAUGCAAAAAGUCACCCAGGUACACAAGGAAGUCCAGAUGCUUGUGCCCCUGACUUUUCAGAAUAUUAAUGCAGCAAAAAUAAAUUCAAAGGAAUAACAGGCUUUUUGUUCCAUUGAAUAUUGUUUUCUGCAUUCAUUUACCACGUGGUCCAGCUUUGUGCCUGUAAUGGCGCCAGUAGAAAGUCAUUCCAGUUAUUUAAUUGGUUGCUUUAUUGAUAUCUGGGAAGCUAAAAAUCUUGGCUCUCCAAACUGUGGCUCAACUAUUGUCAAGAGAUCAUGACAAACAACAUAACUAUAGUGCUGAAAUCCCUUCAGAAAAAAAAUAAUAAACCUAAGGGGGUUAUGUAAUAAAAGGCACUAAGUUUGCCCAGUAACAGUAACCCAUAGCAACCAUUCAGCAGGAAGCACUGGUCACCUGUUUAAAAGCUAUGGGUUACUGCUCCUGAGCAAACUUAGUGCCCUUUAUUACAUAUGGGUAAGUAUCAUAACAUUAGCUAAGUUCACUGGCUUAAUGUUGACCUCCCAUUUAAUUAAAAGGAAAAAAUAUUUUAAGCUCAAAACAUUUUCCCCAUAGCACUAGAAACCCCUAAUAAAUCCAAUGGACAAACAGGUUUUAUAAUGAAUUUCUUGGUGCCUAUAAACAUUGAACAGGUCUUAUAUAUACCAUAUUUACUUUUCUCUGCUGCACCACUUUUUCAUAUUUAAUCCUUAAAUGGCUUUUUACUCUUAAUAUAUUUGUUGUUGCUCCAUUCCUCUAGACAUGCAGAGCUCCAUGCAGUACAUUAACAUUGCCCCCACUGCUCACAGCAGGAACAAAGGCAACUUAUUGAGCAAAUGGCCUUUUACAGUUGGAGGCUUAAUUCUUAGGAAAUGAAAAAAGACAAACAUGGGAAUCAGUUUCUUGCUGGUUUCUCUUAUAUCCCUAUAUCUCUUAUAUCCUUUCUUAUUUACAUAGCAAAUAGCUUUUCUUACGCAAUUUUCUCCAGUAACCGAUAAAAUCCAAAUCCAAUAGGUUAUAGCAGUUGUGGCCUAAAUCAUUAAAGUCACUUUAUUUAUGUUAAUAUGAUAUUAGAAUGUAUAGUAAUAGACAAGUCAGAUAUUAUCCAUGUUAAUGCAUGAGAAUUGGGAAAGGACAGAAAAACACACCAAACAAGAACCAAAGUGCAAAGCAGCAAUGUUGUACAGCUUAUUCACCCACAGGAAUACUUGUACACAGGUACAGAUUUCAGUUCACAUUUUCCAUGUACUCUUUAUUUUGUAACAAUACACAACAGUGUGUUAUGUACAGCACAAUAUGCUUUGCCUGACUGUCGUAAGCAAACCAAACACAGCAGGAGAAUGUAAUGGUAUAUUGCCCUGCGCUCAACACAUUUCUUCUAUUCUAAAGACAAGGCCAUAGUUGCAGACAGUUGUAUGGUGUUAACCAUGGACCAACAUCAUCACUAACCAACAAAAUAUUGCCAUUGUAGGACCCGCACCCAACCCGUACACACCAUUUCUGCCCUGUAUGCUACUUCUGUGCGUCUUACGUUCCAAAACAGGGAAACCCUCACCCAACCAAAACCCACAAUGGUCACCCAAAUUUUAACCCUAACCUGCCUGGUCCAAGGGCAAACCCAUGGAGCAACCCUCACAUCAUUAAGUCCCUCUAUCUAAGAAUAUGUUUUACAAACUUUCAUUGGUGAAUCACUUGCAUGUGUCUGUAUGUGUGCAACAGCUUUGAACUUUAAUACAUAAUGUAUGGAAGAGGUUAUCUCUUGUGUAUAUAUUAGGCUUCUGCAGAUCCAAGCUUUGCUUUGUGUGAAAGGAUGGAGUUUGUGGUGUUAAAAAAGGAGACACUUAGGAGACUGGUAGGAUAAAGAAGGAGUGUAGCUAUAAAGGCAGCAGACCUUAUGACUGCUGGUGGGACCAGGUGGUAUAGGGGACCCAAUGGGGCACUCACUAAUAAGAAGUUUCAGUAUGUGUAUUUUACCCAAAGAUUAGGGGGUCCUAAAAUGAUUUUCUGUGGGGCCUAAUAAGAUAUCUCUAGGCGAAUGUAGUUAGGGGAUACAUGUGGAAACAAAAAUGUGAUCAUUUUAGAGUAUGGCAUAUAAUAAACCUGAUUACUGGCAUGGAAGUCUCUACUCUGUUACUCACUGUACCCUUCAGUUAAUGUCAUAUCAGACACAAUAAUGGUCAAUGUUCAUUUUUUCCUUGAACAGCAAGGGAUUCAGCACCUUUCAUUUUCUCCAUGUCAUUCUAAUUCAUCUAGUAGUCUUCUCACAUUCUCUGACACAGGCUAUACUGUCUCUUUCCUUCAAGAAGUGGAAUAAUAACUGAAUAAAACUAUUUUACAUCUACCUGAAGAUAAAAUGUAACAGAGUCAUUCAGAUGUUUGUGUAAAUAUAUGUUUGGUCUCUGGAGUCUUUACAUUAAUUUACAUCAUUCUGUAACAAUGUCUUUUAUCCAUGUUGUGUUGCACAAUAAAAACCAAGCACAUUCGGCUAAAGAACAAAGCUUGCCCAACCUAAUGUGUUUUCAGAAAGCAAACCUUACCCUCUGCCUGCCGAAACAGGCAGCAAACAAAAGCUGCUGCCUGCUCUUCCGGCAGUGUAGGUGUUAAUAUUAUUCUAGCAGCUGAGCACAGAAUUGUAUUUGAUAUGGUAUAAAAUCAAUGGCUGUUAUUACAUGUGCUUGAACCUACAUUUUAAAGUAUAUCGACCUACUGACCUAUUAGGUAUGUCUAUGAGGGUUACAGAUGACUGCAUGCAUGUAUUCAUGUAAGCCUUUAAUGUACUUGUGUAUUUUGAAGGUAUCUUUUACGACUUUUCUUGAAUUGUCCGGAAAGAACAAACCACUACGUCGGAGAAGAUAACGUCUUAUCAUGUGCAAUAACUUUUCGAGUUAGUUUUGGCAAACCAUGUGCAAGUGCUAGGACUUCAGUUUGUAUAUUUAUUAAGUGCUGACAUUGUAUCUCGGUAAUUUUAGAUGUAAAAAUAAUAAAUAAAAAGUGUUAGAAUGUAUAUGUACAAACAGGGCGCCAUGUUAAAAAGUUGAAAUCCGACCUGCUCGCCAGUAUAGUUCACCGCAAGUCCAGGCGACCCUGACAGUGUCUAUAACUGCCUAUUAUGAUUCAGUGAAACAGAUAUACACGCGCAAAAAGAAAAUAAGUUCAAACAUAUUUUUAAAAAAAGAAAUAAAAAAUUAUAAACAAA